UGAUCUGGUUCCUGACCCCUACUACAUCCAGGUCGGCACCUACGUGCAGAGGAUGCCCAUGUACAGCCUGCGCUGUGCUGCCGAGGAGAACUGCCUCGCCUCCUCCUCCAGAUCUGCUCAGGAUUACGACACCAGAGUUCUGUUGAGGUUCCCUCAGAGGGUGAAGAACCAGGGGACGUCCGACUUCCUGCCCAGUAAACCUCGAUACUCCUGGGAGUGGCACAGCUGUCACAAUCAUUUCCACAGCAUGGACGAGUUCAGUCUGUACGAGCUGCUGGACGCUGGGACCCAGACUCAGGUCGCUGAGGGCCACAAGGCCAGCUUCUGUCUGGAGGACACUUCCUGUGACCCCGGAUACUACCGCCGCUUCGCCUGCACCUCACACACUCAGGGUUUGAGUCCAGGCUGUUAUGACACCUACAACGCAGACAUCGACUGUCAGUGGAUCGACAUCACCGACGUCUCACCUGGAAAAUACAUCCUCAAGGUGACAGUGAAUCCCCAGCAGCAGGUUCCAGAGUCCAACUUCAACAACAACGUGGCUCGCUGUGACGUCCAGUUCACCGGCACCGCCGCGCACGUGUCCGGAUGCACCGUGACGUCCCACUGAUGAAAUGAAGUCUCCUCAAAGAUCCUGAAGACGAACGAAGACGAGAGAAAAUUCACUUUAUUAACUGUGUUUAGAUGGGACUGUUAUUACAUGAUCAUAACCAGAUUCAAGCAAAAGAAAAAAACUGUUCCACGGAGGAUUUCCUGUUUGUGUCACCAGCUCAGCCGACUGCACAGCUAGCUAGUUAGCUCUGUCUGUGGUGUGCAGUGAGUUCUGGGACAGGUGGGCCCUGGACGAUCCACCAGGACACAUCUGUCCGUGAAGACACCCGGCGUGAUGUCACCCAGCGGUUUGUCAGUCGUCUGUGCUUCCAUAGAUUCUUCAAUACAGAACUGACAAUUCCCACAUUAAUUUACAGUUUCAUAAUUUACAGGUUUCAGGGAAAACGGUUGUGUUUCAAAGUUUCAACUUCUCCUUCUGCUUCCUGCUCAUUGUUGAUGCUGUCGAGUCGAUCGCUGAGUUCUGGUGCUGAACGUUUUCACUAAGCCAGCAUUUGGUGUGUGUGUGUGUGUGUGUGUGUGAACGCUGUACAGGGUGUGUGUGUGUGUACUCAUGCUUGACGACCUGUAACCACAUAACCGGCAGAGCUGUAUACACAAAGCGAGCUCACAUGUCAUGUUAUCACCUGCUUUAUGCCUCAUA